AUGGUUCGACGUCCAUCUGCAUGCGGCAAACAUGAGCAGCUAGGCAGGCAAAUGAUAUGCGCAGUGCAAGGCACCGAGCGACCCUUAGCAGGAAAUGACGUUGCGCAAGAAAGGGCACGAAUUACCCCGGUCGGAAAUGGGACGCUGACGAUGGGAAGCAGCGACUCCAAACCGGUGUCUGCUUAUGACGCGCCAAAGAGGAGCGCCUGGAACGUCGUUGGAAAGCCGCAAUUGCCAAGGCCAUUUGUAGCGGUGCAAGAACGAAUAGCUCAUCCCGCGAGAGCCAGGCCGCAGGGUGGGAGGCCGUGGGGAAACGAAGGUGCAAGCAUGCUGCGAGAAUGUUCCCAUGUUCCUGGGGAUGCGCGAGAAAUGCAAGGCCAAGGUCGUUUAGAAGCAAGGACCCGAGGGCGUGUGCCAAACGUUUCUCCGCCCGUGGUGACCUUUACAGUCAUCAUGAUGAACUCUAAGCUCUGGAAAGGAACGAAGGCAAAAAUGCGCAAAUAUUCCGAUCAGGCUUCGCAUGCAACAGGGGCAGAAGCUGCGGGGAAGGAAGCACGAAUCUGCCAUAAUGCAGAUGCGAACGCCCGCCCUGACGGCGGUUUGUCCAUUGGGCGUGGCGUGCAGAGGAAAAUGUUGGCUGACACGCCACAAUAG